UUUUGCCUAUGACAUGGACCAGUGUAACGCCAUGGUCGGAGACGCCUUCAUGCGCAAGAUCGAGCCCGUCGCUGCGUCGGUGCCGUAUAUGACGUGCCCGGGGAACCACGAGGAGAAAUACAACUUCUCCAACUACCGUGCCCGAUUCAGCAUGCCCGGUGACACGGAGGGCCUGUGGUACAGCUGGGACGUCGGCCCUGCCCACAUCAUCUCCUUCUCCACCGAGGUGUAUUUCUACCUGAACUAUGGCCGUCACCUCGUCCAGGAGCAGUACCAAUGGCUAGAGAGAGACCUACAGGAGGCCACGCGGCCGGAUCGGCGCCGGCGCCACCCGUGGAUCAUCACCAUGGGGCACCGGCCCAUGUACUGCUCCAACAACGACCUCGACGACUGCACGCAGCACGAGAGCAUCGUUCGCCGAGGGCUCCCCCAACAUCUGUACGGCCUGGAGGACCUGUUCUAUAAAUACGGUGUCGACCUAGAGCUGUGGGCCCAUGAACACUCCUACGAGAGGCUGUGGCCUGUCUACAACUACCAGGUCUACAACGGCAGUGCCAAAUCGCCCUACACCAACCCCCGGGCGCCCGUCCACAUCAUCACCGGAUCGGCCGGCUGUAAGGAGAGGCUGACCUGCUUCGUCCCCAACCCACGGGAGUGGAGCGCCAUGCGCAUCGAGGACUACGGCUACACGCGCCUGCAAAUCCUCAACCGCAGCCACAUCUGGCUGGAGCAAGUGUCCGACGACCAGGACGGGAAAGUCGUGGAUGGGAUCUGGCUCAUCAAGGAGUUGCACGGCCCCAAAGCUUGGCAUUAGCCUGGCAGGAGGCCCCAGCCCUGAGUUGAGCAGAGGGACUGCGUCCCCAGGACCCCCUGAAAUCCUCGUUAUCUGGCUGGAGGCAGAGCUCCCUGCGGGGCUACAAACGAAUCUGAUCAAAUCCAAAGGCCUCUCUUGCAGGCCCUGAUGUAUGUCACUGGAAGGACACGCCUGCCCCUGCAGCUGGGUCUUUAUGACGGUGAACAAGCGCUUUGCUGCAACUGAGCGUAUUAGGUCUCAGAGCACUUUAUACGGGUGGGGUUGUGUCUGUGUAUUCCCAGUUUAUAGACGGGGAAACUGAGGCACAGAGCAAGGAAGAACCUUGACCAAAAUCAUAGAUGUAGGGUGUCUUGCUUUCCAUUCGUCCCUGCCCUAAUCACUAGAUCCCAUUCCCCUCUCAGAGUCAGGAAUAGAACCCAGGAGUCCUGAUUCCCAGCCCCCCGCUCUAACCACUACAGCCCACUCCCCUCGGCAGGAACAGAACCCAGGAAUCCUGAUUCCCAGCCCCCCUGUUCUAACCACUAGGUCCACCCCUCACCUCUAUGAUGUCAGGAAUAGAACCCAGGCAUCCUGACUCCCAGGCCUUUGUUCAAUCCACUGGCCCAUUCUGCCUCUUACCGAAAAAAACCCAUAGAGUUAAAAUGUUCUCCAGAUUCUGCCUGAGGCAUCUCUGCCUCUCGAAUCUUUCUAGCCCUCAGACUGUGUGUGGGGGGGAAGGGGUGCCGGGAGCUGAUGGUUUUCUUUCCUUAUUUGUUCUUUCCUCCAUGAGCUGACCCUAGUACCAGGCCUUCUCCCCUGCUGCUGGUCCCUGUAAUGCAAUAAGCCCCACACAGAGCUGCAAGGCGGCAAGGGAUGGGGCUAGAUUUGCCUUUCGCCAUCAAGCGUGGCCCACGGUACAUCUCUGAGGUUCGCUGUACGAUCCUUAAUGCUUCGAGCUACGCGCUGGUUCUUUUGUAUUGAUGCUCUGGAAAUGAACGACACAAAAUCAAGCUCAAAAGGUGUGCGAUGCCCAUCUCCUUCAGACGCC